UCGGUGUUGAACUUCCUCGUCCUGCAGAUGUAGAAGAAGACGAAGAAGAAGGAGGAUAGAGGCGUGACGUCGCUGCCCGCAGAGAGGCCCGUGCUGCGGGAGGAGGCAGGCGGAAAAACGCGCCGUGUGGCGGGGACGGACACUGUGACUCCUGCUGCUGCUGCUGCCGCAGGACGGAGACACACGGAGACAAUAAAAGAGCCGGGACAACUUUACAGAGACGCCGCGCAGCCAUGAUAAUGCGACAGCGACUCCGGAGCUGAUGUGACGGAGCAGCACCGGAGCAGCUGGGAGGACGCGGCGGACAGCAGCACCACCUCCUCUCCCCGGGUCUCCUCGCCUCGGCUCGGCGCGGUCACUGCGUGUGUGGUGGUGUUUUUUGGAGGACAUGUCCUCGCUAACCGUGGAGGAGGAGCAGCAGAGAUGGGCACCGACGCACGUCCAGGUGACGGUGCUGAGAGGCAGGGGCUUACGGGGCAAGGGCAAGCACGGCACCAGCGACGUGUACACCAUCAUCCAGCUGGGCAAGGAGAAAUACUCCACCUGCGUGGCGGAGAAGACCACGGAGCCGGAGUGGAGGGAGGAGUGCUCGUUCGAGCUGCAGCCCGGCGCUCUGGAGAGAGGCGGCGGCGGCGGCUGCCCGGCCGGGAGCAACGAGCUGGUGCUCACCGUCAUGCACCGGGCGCUUAUCGGCAUGGACGUGUUCCUGGGACAGGCUGUGGUCCAGCUGGACAAAGUGUUCAACGAGAGCAGAUGUUUGAAAAACGAGUGGUACAGACUCAACUCAAAAACAGGGAAGAAGGAGAAGGAACGAGGGGACAUUCAAGUGACCGUCCAGUUCACCAGGAACAACCUGACCGCCAGCAUGUACGACCUCGUCAUGAAGGACAAGGGCUUCUCCACCUUCACUAAGCUGAAGGAGCGUAUGAGGGGGAAGAGGAGAUCCAGCGAGGAGGACUCGUCCUCGGUCGUCAUGCCGGGCGGACAGGGGUCUCUGUGUCAGAUGCGGAACCGGCUCCCGAGCGAUGGAGGCGGGGAGGAGGAUUACGAGGACGACGAGGGGGGCGAGGCGCGGCGGAGCAAGAUGAGGACCUUUUUCCUAAGAGGGAAGCUGAGGAAGUCGUCAGACACUCGCUCCAGCACGUCACUGGGCUCGGAGAGCAGCGAGUCGUCGUCUCGAGGCGGGAGCCUCAGUCCCACGGCCGGCAUCAGUGUGGUGGUGUCCGACCUCUCCAACUCGCCCAGCAACAGCAGCAACCUGACGGCAGACAACAGCCCAGAGCACACGGCAAACACGUCGCCCAAGUCUUCCUCGUUCAAAUGUGACUUUGGCGACGAGGCCGGCGAGAUCACCAUAGCAGUGCCUCAGCCCACUGUGUGCGUUAACGGAAGCCAUGCCUAUCAACUCCAGCCGCUGGACCCAGGCUCACAAAAACCUGCGGAUUCUUUAGGCCUGGGGUUGUUGCAGAAGUCUCUGCCUCUCUCCAUGUCUCUACAGAACCUCAGCCCGCACGCCUCGCUGGACCCUCACAAAAGUCCCACGGGAGACGGGCGCCGCUGGUCCUUUGACAAACCCGGCGAGGAGGAAAAAGCGGCCAUAGCGGCGGCUUUGGAGCAAAGUGGGCCCAUGCGGGGUGAGGAGGAGGAAGAGGAGGAGCGUUUGGGACAGGCUGCGCCGUCCAAAGCCGCUUCGGCGGCGGACUCGGAAAGCCAGGGGAAGAAGCAGAGGAGGAACUUUUUCUCCCAUGGGAGGAGUGAGUCUGCUGGGAGGGGGCAGAGUCAGUCAGAGGACGCUCCGGUUGCCACGGGGGAGAAACACAAGGGAUGGUUCGGAUCCAAGGAGUCGCACAUCAAACCCAGCUUGGUGGUGUCACCUAUACUAGAGUUCAGCACUGAUCCUUUCCCUCCACUUCUCCCUACUAGUGACUACCCCCUGGGUCCCCCUGUAGAUCCUAAUGCUCUGGUUUCCCCAUUUGAUCACACUAACCCCUUCAGCCAACCACAAACCACACCACCUCCCAUGUCCCCCUGCAACCCUUUCUUCUCUGUUCUCCAGCACAAUCCUUUCUAUGAGGACAUGCUAAUCACUCCGCCCCUAAAACCUUUAUUGCCUCCUUUGCCCUAUCUCUCCAGUUCCCGGCCCCCCAUAGCUCAGCUUUUUCCGCAGAGCCCUAAUCACACCCUGAACCCCGACAACCCAACCGCAGAGGACUCCGCCAGUGAUGCAAAGAAUGACCCGAUGGCCAAAGUUGAGGAAGAAGCCCUUACUCCUGCUCCCAUGGAAGGGGAGAAACCUUUAUGCCAGGACUCAUCCAACCCUUUCAUGUCUGCCAGGGAGCUGGAACCAGAUUCAGAGUGGGACGAAUGCUUUGAAGCAUUUGCAGCUGGCAGGCUGCAGUCUCCCGAGGAUCUCACAACAGAUUGCGAAAUGCAGCAAAGCACUCCCGGUGACCGUCCGCUGGAAAACUACACUAAUAAUGGAACGUUGCUACCCAUAACAGAUGCCGAUCCGAACACUGAUGCAAAUGAUGCACAGCCUUGCAGCAACUUCCUCUCCGUGGCUCGGGAAACCACCAGUCAGGUGACCAACGCUAAUGCAUUCCACCUGGACACAUUUGCAAAUCUCCUUGAGACAAUCCCAGAACAGUUCAGCUUUGAGAGUGAAAAGGUGACUUUGAAUACUGACUCAGCAAAACCCGAUGCUUGCACAGAUACUAAUCACACUAGCAGUACUAGUACUGAUUUAAACAACACUAACAUGCACCACGCCCCCUCCCACACGCCAUCCAUACAGCUCAAUAGCAGCUCCCCAGAUCCUGGUUCGUCAGGUCUUGGCAGUUCAGCUGAAGAGGAUUUCCUGUCCUGUCUUUCUUCUAACUCUGACAAGUUUUCCUCCUCGGAGGAAGCGGAGGCGAGGCACUCGGAAAGCAACAUCCUGGGCUUAGAAAAGGCGCCUGCAUUCACCGUGGUGAAGAAUUCCAAGCCCUUUUCAUCUGAAGAUGACGUCUCUGACAAGCCAAAUGAUCGGAUUUUGUUCGACGCAGUUCAGAAAACUGUCGAUGAGAGGGUAGACAGUACUCAUACACAGCCACAAUCCCCAGUGAUCUUUAAUCCACAAGUUACAAACACUAGAACUGGAGUUGCCGAUACUGAGACACUAAACGUUUCUAAAGUCGCGUACCCGGACUUGUUGCCAAAACUCUCCGAACUGCAACCAGAAAUCAACAUCUCCUCACGACCUGAUGAUGAAAGUAAAGGGAACGGUCUAAACAGCCCCAUUAUAGAUUUUUCGACGGAGCUCGUUGACAGCCCUGUAAAUAAAGAUGUGAAGAUUCUGGCGACUCCAGAUGAUGAAUUCCCCACUACACUUCCCGCAUUUAACAUCCUGACCUCCUCCCCUGAUGUGAUGCAGAGUUCAUGGGACUUUGGCAGCACUAGCUCAGGAGGCCAACAAGAAGCUCGCCACUUUUCCCCGGUGCCAUUUGGUGCUUUUGGAGAUGUAGAAAACUUUGACACCACCACUCUACUUCACACAAGGGUGUCUGACCAGAGCUCCACCAGCUUUCUCCAAAGCCUUUAUGUGAGCACGGACUCGCAGAACUACCAGACCUGUGAGUCUUCCAAGUCCUCCAGUGUGUCAGAACCACACUCUGCAAACUCAACGCUCUGUGGUGAGCUGAGUGACAUCCAAACGACUACUUUGGGCCUACAAGACUCCUUCAGUGCGUCCAAGUCACCCAACCCUAAGCAAACUGACAGAUUUGAAGAAUUCUCUUGUGGAGUUGAUGACAAGGCAGAAACUCCCAAGGCUCAUUUUUUUAUACCAAAUACCUCUGCUCUGCAACCUCUUCCUGCACCAUUAACAGACUCUGAAAAGACCCGCUGUCCCAGUGAAGGAGGUGUGGAAAGCCAGCAUGUCGUCAUGGAUGACAGGUUCUCAAAAAGCCCCGAGUCCCAGUCUGCUACCCUACACCGCUCUCAAUCUGAGGGCACCCUGACGCAUGCCUUUCAUGAUCUCCUUCUUCCCUCCUUUGGCAGCGAUCCUGGCGCCAUACAGGAGUCCUCCAUGGCUCCGCCAGGCCCUGCCCUCUCCUGUCUCACCUCCUUUGCUCCUUCUUCUCUAACUCCUAGUAGCUCUCCUUUCGUAGCACUCUAUUCCUUCCCUUACCCCACCAACGUUUUGGCGAGGUCAUCAGCCGGUACGGCAAGAGCCGCUGUGCCAAAGACUGAGGAGAUGCAGCAGCAGCAGCAGCAGCAGCAGGAGCAGGAAGCCAGUCAGCAGAACAGUCCUCACCCAGUGAAGCCUCUGACCACUGCCAUGUUGGCCGCCGAGGAGAAGCGGACGGAGGGCCGCUCAGUGCUGGCCACCGGCCUGGAGAAGCUCAAGUUCACCAUCAGCCCGGGGAGGAGCAGCCAGAGCAGCACCAGCGAGCAGGAGACGCCGGACAGGAAGAAGUUUCUGACCGAGGGCGCGGGGUCGUACUAUCACCUGACCCACAGCGAGCUGGUGGCCCUGCUGGUGCAGCGGGAGGCGGAGCUGGAGAGGCAGAAGGCGGAGUUUGAGCGUCACAGGGUUCUGCUGGCCAAGCGCGAGGGCGAGCUGAAGAGGCUGAAGCCGCAGGUCAGAGAUCUGGAGGACUACAUUGACACACUGCUGGUGCGCAUCAUGGAGCAGAAGCCCACGCUGCUGCAAGUGGGCUCCAGGGUCAAGUGACGAACAAUUUGGGGGGGCGUGUUUCGCAGUUCAACCCUCAUGUGUUCACUCUAACCUCCACAGCAGCUCUCUAGUCUUUUCACUGCUAAGCUGUCUCUUUUUGAUACGAAUAAUUAGGCAAGGAGACAUGUCGGGGGUUAGUGUUUUUCCUGCCGGUGUGCUUUACUGAGCUGGAAGCGAAUUCUCGUGGGAAAGGUUCCCGGUCCCGGGGGGCGGGGGGGGGGUUAGUUCUGAAUGUCGCGGGUCCUCAGGUUGUUUUCAGGUUCACACAGACGAGCGAGUCCAGUGUCCGCUGAAGCCCACACUCCUCAGUUUUCAGUCUCCUGGUUGUAGAGAACACCGAUUCUUUCCUUCUCACCGCUCACGUGUCACUUCUAUCACUUUAUCACAAAUACGAAGUAUUGUAGAGGCGUCAGUUCAUAACAAAGUGUCCAGUAACCCCACAGACUGCACCUGUCUUCAUAUAUAAAAUGCAUCAUUUCUGCCGUCUGUGUUCUAGAGGCUCAAAUAAUGGGAAAGUUUUUAAAAUGAGCGAUCUGAAAACUUUUGCCACUUUUGCUCAAAACAUUGCUCAAACUGACAACAGUUAAUUUAAUAUUAAUAGGCUUGCAUAAUUAAUGAAAUCAGGUUUCAUAAGGUCGGAUUUGGGAGUUUGAUGUAAUUAAAAGUGAUCAAACGAGAAUUUUCUCUAUUGCACGUCAUAAUGCACAAUAUUAUGAAAAAUAAAGGCAAUAAAGUGAUCGGUGCAGUGAGGAUUUCAUAUUUAACUAAACCUAACUCAAACCAGUGGCUACGUAGAGCGAGGAAAAGCAGGCUUAAAUCGAUACAUUGAUAAAUAGCUGUCAAAUAACACAGAGAUUUCAUUUACAGUGAUUUAAAAGAGCAAUAUUAGGUCAAAUAAAUGUACUAUUUGUUUCAGAUGUGAAGGAAAUACUCACAAGUAAAAACUGAGCAGUUCCUGCACUGAUUUACGUUUAUUUCUGUAACUGUGCGGCGUUCCAUUACAUCGGAAAUCGGUAGUUGGGAGUGAUGUCACUAAAAACACACAACACAAACGUAUCUCUCUUCAAUUACAAUGCUUCAAUCAGGGGUCUCAGACUCCAGUGACCUGGGGGGGCCACUCAAGUCAAAAAAAGUCACAUUUUUGGGGAAAAUAUAACUCUUCUGUUAGGGGCAGAAGCGAUAUGAGCAUUAAAUUAUGUCAUCCUGACGUCACAUUAUCAAUUAUUUGGGGUGAUAUUUCAAAGACUUUCAAAAUAAAUGUGUUUAUUGUGAAACGGCACCAUAUAUAAUAUCCUAUCCUAAAGGGUUCUAUGUGAACGACUGAUUUAAUGUGAAACAAAUAUGACAGAAGUGCAAUUAACGCCAACGCUCGCAGUGUUUGUGUCGUGGCAGCCGUCCCGGAACCCCGCGUGAGGAAAUUCCCGAGUUCCGACUACAAAUGGAACGCGCCAUUUAUCGCAGGUGGGGCUCACUGGACGUUGUUCUGGGCUGACUCUCUACAAAAAUGCUCGAAAAAAAAAAAGAGAAAAGUGUUCUUAGCCAGCGAGUGAAUGCUUUUUUUAUUUCCACGUCUUUUAUCCCUUAUUGCUCGUUCCUCGCUGCCGCCCGCCCCUCACUUUUCUUUCUAUUUCUACGGGUAAAAAUUACCCACGAUGCUCAGCCACAUAAGCUAAGUGAUUGUCGUAGGGGGUCGCAGUGUUAUCAGGUGAAGACGGUAUCCGAACAGUAUCACGACGAGCCAUCGCAGCUUCUCUCUGAUCUCGCCGCUUCUGCCUCCCCGUGUGUGUGUGUGUGUGUGUGUGUGUGUGUGUCUGUGUGUGUUAUCGACACCACUUUGAAGAAAUCCCUGCGACGUGCUGGUACUCGACUCUCGCGCUUCCUUCACUGUCACAUCUGCUUCGUCUCAAAAGCUGCUUUCAGGUGUUAUAAAGGGAUAUAUAUACUGCGUUCUACAGCAUAUAUGCCGUACUGAAAAUGCCAAAUGCUGCCUUAUUUCCCUCCCUCCGCUUUAUUUUAGAAACACAGCACUUCAUUUUCGGGACGCGGGGCAGGUUUUGAGAAAGACAAAGCCAUCUGUUCACUGAUUUAUUUUUGUUUUCCUACUUCCUCUGAUGCUUUCUGUUAUGAUAUUGUUUAGAUCACUUGCACACAAAAAAAAAUAACAUCAUUGUAUGCGUACUUUUUUCCUGUGACAUGCCAAAAAGAAAAGAAACAACAACAACAACAAAAAAAAACAAGCCUUGAAACUUAAAUCUCUGGAGCAGAUUGAUUCACCGUGAAGUAUUCUGAUAUGACGAUGCCACAUUUAACAGCGUUUGUGGAUGUUCUUGCACUACUUAAUCAUCAGAAAAAUGACUCUGCUGUACCUGUAUGGAAUUAGAUUAGUGUCGAUAUUUUCAAACAACACUUUUCACAAAUUGAGUAAAAAUGAAAAUACACAAAUUACAAAUAUAAUAUGGAUUUAAUCAUUCAAAGAUGUAGUAUUUCAUUUCUUGCGCUCCCUCACUUGUUUUUGCGCCGUGGUUUGCGAUUCUGGCCAUGGGCGGGGCUUGAGGAAGCUGCCUGCUGAUUGGCUGCCGAGUCGCUGUCCGUCACGUUAGAUACCUGCAAUUACUUUGUCGGAUGUCGACAGGGAAGACUUGGUGAAUGAGUUCCGGACGGACAGCGACUCUAAGCUCGUGACUACUUCCGGUCCAUUGAGCUGUGUCACGCCAAAACUCAGUAGCCAAUCAGCAGGCAGCUUCCCAAGCCCCGCCCAUGGCCGGAAUCGCAAACAAAAAAACCACGGCGCAAAGGCAAAAACAAAAAGGUGUAUUUUCAAACAAAUAAAAUUGAAUAUGUUUGAAUGCUUAAAUUCAAUUUGCAAUUUGUGUAUUUUGAUUUUGUGGUUAAUUUGUUGUAAUCUAAUCCCGUAUACCUGUCUGUGUGAUAUCGGUAUAGUUAGACGUUCGCUGCACUUUCAUUAGUCGCUCUGUGAUUCUCGCACUCGGCCGUCUGUGACACCACGAAUAGCCCCGCGAGCUUGAAGCGCACGGAAUCGUCGUUCCAUAACCUCGCCACGCCACGUCCGCUGUGCGUUCGCAAAUAGCACGUGCAUAGACGACUGUAGAGGCAUAUUAAAUGUGACUCGGCACUUACGAAGCGCAGUCCUCUUCCAUGUCUUCCAUUUUUUUGAAAAAAAGCAAACGAGUCCUUUGUUCGUUUCUUUCAUUUAAGUUUGAACUGAUUGUAUUUUUGUCCUCGAUUGUGUAGCCAGUGGAAUGUGCGUAAGGAUGUGUGUGAGGUUGGAAAGUUUACAAUUCGUGAUGCAAUUCUGUUUCACAAAUUUUGUAUAUUUAAUAAAGAAUAUUUUGUGUUUCUUGCUCACUGUA